AUGCGGAGCCCAGCCCAGCCCUCGGCCCAAGGAACAAAGGCCCAGAGAUACAGGGAGGCAACCCCGGCUUCCAUGUGUCACAGGCCCUUAGCGGCCACGCUUCGUGGCAGAUCCGUGGUAUGCGUUUGCAGAGUUCCCGGCGUGGUCUCCAGCUCCCGGCAGAUGCACCCCACAGAUGGUUUAAUCCAGCAGGGCUGGUCGCUGAGUUCCAGUGGCGACAUGCAGGCCUGGCUUCUUCGACUGAGCCCUCCAGGUCCCUUCCUGUCCCACGGCAGGCCAGAGGGGAGCAGCACCAUCCAGAUUUACGCCGCCUCCCCCCCCGACACGCCCCCUUGCAUCCCAUCCACGUGGCCUGUGGUCCACCGAGGCCGUCCGGCGGCUCAUGAGAACGAGCCGAAGGCUUUGCUGGUCCUUCUGUCCCCCACGAGACCCCCGUGGGGGCCGUCCACGGGGUUCCCCUGCUCCGGCUCCAUCCACGGCCCGGAGAGGCAGGGGUCCAGGCCCUGCGGGGGCCUCAGGUCGCCCAGGAAGUCCACCAGGCCCAAGAAGGCCGUCACGAGCGAGAGGAAGAGGCCCAGGAGGUUUCUAGACCUCAAGGAUAAAAAAGAUAAAAAAGGGGCCCGGCUUUGUUUCGCGCAGCCACAGGCGGCCCCGCGCGCGGCGCAAGGGCCGGAGACCAGCGCCCGAGAGCCCCGGCGAGGCCAGGCCAGGAUCCCGCGCAGCUCGGACCCCCCGUCGCUCGUGUCGGGGGCAGAAAAACCAGCAGAGAGGAUCGGGAGGGGGGGCGUUGCAUCCCGAGGCGGCGCUCCCCUGCGGAAACAGCUGGCGGGGAGGGGCGGGGGCUGCCGGCAGCACCUCCUCCGCAGCUGCCUGGGUAAUUCUGGGAGUCGUAGACCAGAAGCCGAAAGCUGCCCAUCAUCCGCUCGUCAAAGAGGGGGAAAAAAUGUGGUUGGUCUGGCGUGCCUUUUGCUGCAGCGGCUUUUCCCGUCCUCUCGGCAUCCUCCAGCGGCUGAUGCUGCUUCUGCUCGGCUUCCUUGGGCUCGGCUGCUGACCAGGAGCGACUUCCUGAUCCUGCCGGGCUUCAUUGACUUCACGGCAGACGAGGUGGACCUGACCUCCGCCUUGACGCGCAAGAUCACCUUGAAGACGCCGCUCAUUUCCUCCCCGAUGGACACGGUCACAGAGUCGGACAUGGCCAUUGCAAUGGCGCUUAUGGGUGGCAUUGGCAUCAUCCACCACAACUGCACCCCUGAAUUCCAGGCCAAUGAGGUCCGUAAGGUGAAGAAAUUUGAGCAGGGCUUCAUCACGGACCCCGUGGUGCUGAGCCCGACGCACACGGUGGGCGAUGUCUUCGAGGCCAAGAUCCGGCACGGCUUUUCGGGAAUCCCGGUGACCGAGACGGGCAAGAUGGGCGGCAGCCUCAUGGGCAUCGUGACCUCCCGGGACAUCGACUUCCUUUCCGAGAAGGAUUAUGGCACCCCUCUCAGCGAGGUCAUGACCAAGCGGAGUGACCUGGUGGUGGCCCCCGCUGGGGUCACUUUGAAGGAAGCCAACGAGAUCUUGCAGCGGAGCAAAAAAGGGAAGCUCCCCAUAGUGAAUGACGAGGAUGAGCUGGUGGCCAUCAUUGCCCGUACGGACCUCAAGAAGAACCGCGACUACCCGCUGGCCUCCAAGGACUCGCGCAAGCAGCUGCUCUGCGGGGCGGCCGUCGGCACCCGCGAGGACGACAAGUACCGCCUGGACCUCCUCAUGCAGGCGGGGGUGGACGUGGUGGUGCUGCUGGUGGCCAUCAUUGCCCGUACGGACCUCAAGAAGAACCGCGACUACCCGCUGGCCUCCAAGGACUCGCGCAAGCAGCUGCUCUGCGGGGCGGCCGUCGGCACCCGCGAGGACGACAAGUACCGCCUGGACCUCCUCAUGCAGGCGGGGGUGGACGUGGUGGUGCUGGACUCUUCUCAGGGAAAUUCCGUGUAUCAGAUCAACACGAUCCACUACAUUAAGCAGAAAUAUCCAGAGCUGCAAGUCAUUGGGGGCAAUGUGGUGACAGCGGCCCAGGCCAAGAAUCUCAUCGACGCUGGCGUGGAUGCCUUGCGCGUCGGCAUGGGCUGUGGCUCCAUCUGCAUCACGCAGGAAGUGAUGGCGUGUGGCCGGCCCCAAGGCACAGCCGUGUACAAAGUGGCAGAGUACGCCCGCCGGUUUGGCGUGCCCGUGAUUGCCGACGGCGGCAUCCAAACGGUGGGCCACGUGGUCAAAGCCCUCUCGUUGGGAGCGUCGACAGUUAUGAUGGGCUCCUUACUGGCCGCCACCACGGAGGCCCCAGGCGAGUACUUCUUCUCGGAUGGGGUGCGGCUGAAGAAGUAUCGCGGCAUGGGCUCGCUGGACGCCAUGGAGAAAAGCAGCAGCAGCCAGAAGCGCUACUUCAGCGAGGGGGACAAAGUGAAGGUGGUCCAGGGGGUGUCGGGCUCCAUCCAGGACAAGGGCUCCAUCCAGAAGUUUGUGCCCUACCUGAUUGCUGGCAUCCAGCACGGCUGCCAGGACAUUGGCGCCAAGAGCCUCUCCAUUCUGCGGGCCAUGAUGUACUCCGGGGAGCUGAAGUUCGAGAAGCGGACCAUGUCAGCCCAGAUUGAGGGUGGGGUGCACAGUCUCCACUCUUAUGAGAAGCGGCUGUACUGAGGACUCUUUCCGGAGCAGCAACAGAGGCAACGGAUCAGGUCCCGGGCGCGCCCUCCGCCCCGCCCCCAACAGCCCCACCCCGGUCGCUGCCACCAGCUGCCGCCGCCACUGCACCUGAGCUGCCCGCUGGCCCACACCUGGCACCUUGGGGGGGGGGCACCAGCGCGGACACAGACUGAGGUCACACCGCUGUGGUGCCGCCUGGGCGCACAGGGGGGGCUCUCCCUCCGGCCGGCCCCUGGGGCAGGGUGGGGCGUUCCUUGAGGGAGGGGCUCUCCCUUUGGGCUGCCCCACAGAAGCCUCUCCAGGGCACCCCUUUGGCUGGUGGGGGUGGGCGCCUCGCCCCUGCCCUCUGGCUUUUCCUUGGGGAGGGCUGGAGGGAUUGGGGGCUGCUGCCGGGUGGCCCCGUACCGGCAACAGCAGGUCCCCCCCCCCCCCUCUGGCAGCAGCUUCUCCUGCUGCUAAGGAGCCCUGAGUAGGCUCCUUCCUGAAGUGUGCUGGACCGGAGGGGGGGUGGUCCCUAGGGUGGUAGAAAGCGACACCCCACGGCCCUCCGUGGCCACCCCUGCAGCCCCACUCUUUUUUUAAAAAAAACACCAGACCCAUUCCAGACAGGGGUCUGGCCUCUCUCUCUCCCUCUCCCUCUCAGGCCAUUGGGGGGGGGGCGUCUUCCAGCAGACUUGAGCCUUCUGGGUUGGGGGGACGGAGAGACCUUCGCUUGGCACCAUCCCAAGAGUUUCUGGGCGCCUUCAGAGUUGGGGGUGUGGUGGGCACCGGGCAGCUGCUGCAGAAGGCACACAGGGAGUGUGUGUAUGUGGGGGGGGGGCGCAGGGAGUCUCCCUGGCCUAGAGGCCUGACCUUCCUCCUGGGUCCUUGCCAUGUCAAGGUGGUGCUCACCCUCUCUGGCCCAGGGGGCCCUGAGCGCCACCCCCUUUCGCAGUGGGAUCAGCCACAGGAAGCACCCCCACCCCCGUGAAGUUGGGGUUGGAGAAGGGGGUCCACCCCUCCUCGCGUGGAGGGCCACCAUCUUACGGACUUCAAAGUUGCAUUCCCUCCCUCCCCACCGCUUGAAGGCUGUGACUUCUGCGCAUGUUAGGGUCCAACAUUUUGUCACUGUGUAUUGAUUAAAUAAUAAAGCUACAGAGCAUCCUUUAUCAGGUG